AUGGUCGCGGUCACCUCAAUCCUGUGGUUGGCAGCCAUAUUUCUCCUGGGCUUCGUCAAAGAUUCGAACUCUGCCCGUCGUUUCGACCGCCGCAGUGACCUCGAUUAUGUCCCUCCCAUUAACGCCUCAGCUGCUGCAAGCUGGUCAGUGCCUCUGCAGGGCAGCAAAACCUGCGAUCCUAACAAAGCUUGUGAGAUCAAUCAAGCUGCACCGAGGCGACACUCACUCACAGCUCUAGGCACGGAUUCAUUAUCACCCCCGGCUCCCGGCAAACCUCUCCAAUACCUUGCAAUCGCACGCGGCCUCUACAUGUAUCUGUGCGCAGGUAAUGGACCAAGCGAGCCCGCCAAGUUUCAAUCUCAAUCCACGCAGCUUUAUGAUGCAGCUCCACUCAUCCAAAACCUUCCGAAUGAGGCGGCAUUUCAUGCUCUACCUGCCAAACUGCAUGACUUCGACUAUGAGCAGCUGAGGAACUCCACUCUGGAAUGCAUGGGAACCAUCGGAACUGUCAACGAUACAGCCAUCAUCACUCUUUUCGAUAUUGCAACAUUCGAAGCCCUUCCAUACGAAUCCGUGCUUGCGCCAGAUAAUCCGGGUAGCAACAGCAGAUGGGCACACUCGGUGAGCCCGAAGGGGGACUGGGACAUCUACCGAGUUGAGGUCGCGGGAGGCGCUCCACCUGUUUGUGACAGCCAACGCCUCAUGGCAGAAGAAGAAUACACGGCAGAGUACUGGUUCUUUUACUCUGGGGGAGAAGACAUAUGGACGCCAAACGAUAUCACGAAAGAAGCCCUGAUUGAUUCUAUCGAUCUGCCAGCAUUCAUAUGA